UUUGUCAAGAAACCACGCAUGCUUGGUCCAUAAGAUAUAUAGCAGUGGCCGGAGGCCGGGAACUGAAUGCUUGUAACAAACCGGCCUGCUAAUUGUUAGUUGUUACAACAAGAGCUCCACCCAGCUUCUAGCUAGUUGUCCAGAUAGAUAGCUAGUGAUCGAGUUUCGAUCUGUGCCAUCACACACAAGAAAUUAAACACACGAUCGAAUUGAUCGAGCUUGCUUAAUUAGAUCGAAGAGAAACCAAAAUAAAAACAAUACAAGCAGAGAUGGUUGAUCUGGUGGAUGCUAUGAUCUGGUGGGACAAGUGGCAGCUCCGCGUCCUGGUCGUCGGCAGCCUCAUCCUCCAGUGGUUCCUCCUGCUGGCCGCCCCGAUGCGCAAGUACGUCAUCCCCCGGUGGUUCCGGACGUGCAUCUGGCUGGCCUACAUCAGCAGCGACUCCCUGGCCAUCUACGCGCUCGCCACCCUCUUCAACCGCCACGCCCGGGCCGCCGGCGGCAAGCAGGCGAGCCCCCUGGAGGUCCUGUGGGCGCCCAUCCUCCUGAUCCACCUCGGCGGCCAGCGGGAGCUCACGGCCUACGAGAUCGAGGACAACGAGCUGUGGACGCGGCACACGGUGACCCUCGUGUCCCAGGUCACCGUGGCCGUCUACGCCUUCUACAAGGCCUGGCCCAGCACCAGCGACCGGAGGCUGCUCGCGUCGGCGAUCCUGCUCUUCGUCACCGGCUUCCUCAGCUUCUGCGAGAAGCCGUGGGCCCUCUACAGGGCCAGGAUCAACAGGCUCGCCGCCGUGUCCGCCAUGCUCGAAGAGCCUGGCCGGAGCAGAGGCGGCUUCUGCUUCACCAAGCUCAAGAAGCGCCGGGCGACGGGUGGCGAUUAUCAGCUGUCGGAGAGGGACAAGGUCCACAUGAUCCUCUCGGACCUGUCGCUGUACGCCGCCGCGGCUGAUCUGAAGCAACCCCUCAAGCCUCUCGAUCCAGGCGUCGACGUCCUGCGCUGGCUCCGCAAGGCGUUCAGGCUCAUCUACACGAGGGCCAACAUGACCACGCCCGCGUACGUGGCCUACCACAUGCUCCUGGUCCCGUCCCUGCACGCCGCCGCCAUCGCGCUCUUCGCCACCAUCCCCCACAAGCGCCGCCGCUACGACGGCACGGACGUCGACAUGACGUACAUCCUGAUGUGCCUCACCGCCGCGCUGGACGUGCUGGCGGCGUGCAUCCGCGGCCUGCUGCACCUGUCCCUGCUCAUCGCCGGCGUCCCGGCGCUGUGCGAGACGAUCCCCGAGUACAACCUCGUGGACUCGGUGCUCCGGCGGAUGCGGCCGUGCCCCGGGUGCCUCCUCAAGUGCGCCACGGAGGUCGGAUUCAGCGAGGAGUAUUUUGAUUUUGAUUUCAGGCGGCGGCGUCGGGAGCUGUACGGCAUGGUGAAGGAUUUCCUGGUCAUAGAUGUGCUCAAGGUUGGGGAAGCCAAGGCGCUCAAGGGCCUCGAUCUUUCCACCUACAGAAACUUCUCCGAGGCCAGCGCAAACUGGGCGCUGGGUGACGAUCUCAAGAAGGUUUGCAGCACCCGCAUGAAGCGCAGCCUCCGAGCAUCGUUCGACAGGAGCGUGCUCACCUGGCACAUCGCCACAGAUCUCUGCUUCCGCAUGAUGCCGCCACUGCAAGACACGGCGUCGCCGUCGUCGUCUCAUUCUCAGCAGUCUGCCGCAGCUGGCUCCAGCUCCUCUACGCUGCAGGGGUGGAGCCGGAGCCAGGCGAGGCUCCAGCACUCCUACUCUGACAAGGAGCUCCACCUCCGCCGUCGGCUGUGCACGCAGGCAAUCUCCAACUACAUGGCCCACCUGCUCAGCUUCCGCCCCGAGAUGCUCAUGACCGGCAGCAGGAAGCACCUCUUCACUCGGGCCCAGCGACACAUGGAGCGCAUCCUCGCCGCCGACGCCGCCCAAGACAUCAGGCUCAAGCUCCAAAGAAAGCAACACCACCUCGACGGCGCAGACCUGAUGAGGAUGAAGCAGCAGGCGGCGGCCACAACAGCCGCGGAUGAUUCGAAGCACAUCACGUACAGUGCUGAUCUCAUCGGUGAGGCUUGCGAGCUCGCGGAGGAGCUGAUGGGCAUCGACAACGAGGAGACCCGGGUGCGCUUGAUGUACCGCGUGUGGGUGGGCAUGCUCUGCUACUCGGCCAGCAUGUGCAGGGGCUACCUCCAUGCUAAGAGCUUGGGUGAGGGAGGCGAGUUCCUCUCCGUCAUCUGGCUCAUCAUCUCGCUCAAGGGGGGCAAGACCUUGGCGGACAAGCUCCAGAUGCCGGAGACAGAAGAGGGCAACUGGGACUGGAACGAUGUGCAUGUGGAUGUGGUGUAAUUUAUUUGUUCUCUUGCUUGAUUGCUUGCUUCUCUGAUCGAUGGCCUACCCUUGAUUAUUUGUUUGUUUGUUUGUUUUUUAUUUUGAUGCGCUUAGCCCUGCUAAUGCUAAUGGUUUGUGUUGAAAUGGAUUUAAUAGAUUAGAUUUUAAUAUGUAUUGUGUUUGGAUGGAUUCAAAUGGAUUGUAUUAGCUAAUGGGAUGGAGUGGAGCGGGUUC